AUGGCACCUUUGAAAGUCAUCAUUGUGGGAGGUGGUCUCGCUGGUUCGUGCCUAGCCAACGGGCUAAUCAACAAAUCACAAGGCGACAUCGAUGUUCUGAUCCGUCUUGGCGCCCAUGCUCUUACCGGGUUCCGAGCCUGUCUUACAGACGAGCAGUAUAAAGAUUUGAUCCUCUGUUUUGGUCGUUCGUCGGGUUUCGGGGCAUCUGCUGCACCAUGUAUCUUCAACAUGCGCUGGGAGCUGCUACUGGACAUGGGGCAAAUCCCCUCGUACUCGAAAAGUGCGCCGAUCGGAAGAGGACGACUUCGCAAGUUUCUACGCAGUCCUUUGGAGGAGAAAAGACUUAUGCGCUACGGCAAGAAGUUCGUACGAUUCGAGAUUGUACAGAGCAAUCAUGGGCAGGGCGAAUCUAUCACAAGAGUCCACUUCGAUGACGGAUCACACGAAGACUGCGACGUCCUUAUCUCAGCUGAAGGGAGUGGAAGCCGUGCAAAUAAGCAGCUAGGCCUCAACAACAUUCGUGGCGUUAAGUCCGUGGGCGCUGGCGGCUUCCUCGGCAAGUGUAGUCUCCCACGGAGCACACUGCAGACGCUUCCGGCCCCUUUCCUUGAAAAGGGUACCAUUGUCACCACCACUGCGAGUAUAAGCAUGUUCGCAGCUGUUUACCUUCCAAAUACUAAGGAGAAAGUCUCUGUUGAGACUGCCGUAAGAGAUGCCAAGAACGCCAGUACGAGUACUUCAGAGCUAGGCGAUUACGACGAACCGCAAGCCUCACUAAUGUUUGCUUUGAACUGGCGAGAGGGACCCUCACCAACAGAAGCAGCCAAAAUCAAGGACAAGAAGGCGUAUUUGCGUCAGAGAUUGACCGAGUCCGGUGCCGACGAGGGCUACUUCAGGCUGGUAGACGUAUUGGAAGAGGAUGCCAUACAAAGCUACCCUGUCCGCUCGGCACAGCCCACCUCUGUCAACUGGCGUCAGGAGCUUCAGUCCAAAGACAAAUCCCUUGGCUCCAGCCGUGUCUGGCUGAUCGGCGACUCAAUCCACCCCAUGCUGCCGUCGCGAGGCAUGGGUGCUAACCAGGCCAUUCACGACACAGCAGAUGCAUUGGGACCUUUGUUGGACCUGGCACGCCUCAAGGCAGCAGGCAAUCGCCUCAAGGACGAUGAUGUGACUGCGCAGCUAGCAGUUUAUGAGAAGGCUAUGAUACCCUGUGCAUUCGAUUGGGUCAAGAAAAGUGAUACUCAAAUGAUGCCCAGCGUAGACAGUCUGAAAGGCAAGGCUUUGAUAUUCUCUUUACGCUUCGUGAUUGUGUUCGUUGGGACAUAUAUGAAAGUUCUGAAGCUAUUUGGUUGGAAACCGAAGGACGAUGCGCCUGAGCUUCUUUGA